AUGCGAUCCACCCCUCGUCUUCACACGUGCAGUGCACGUCCUGCGAAAUCGUUGCUACAAGAGGCCGGACAUUACCAGCUUUACAUCUACUGGGUCUAUGAGCUAAAUCUGUCAGGCAGGCAGGGCGUUUGCGUUGCACCAAAUGACUUUGGGUAUGGUGUCCUCCAGACUGGACAUGGCGCACAAAUCAGCAUCAUCACUGGUUCAGCGCCAGUCUUUCGCGAGCUCGGGCAUAUUCGAGGACUAAGCGUAUCUACGGGUCUACACAGUCAAAGAUUACUGUGGACGCUUCGCGAGCGCUUAGUCAGAGCUAUUGUUGCCACAGAAGCUCAUACGCCAAAAAUAACCAGUGAGCUCUCAACACGAUGCGCAGUCGGGGUCGGGCUCGCAAAUAAUCACUCGCUGAACCGCCGAACCUUACCAGUUUGGUAG